AUGCCGGGGUUAAAGGGGAGGUGUGGUGUGCAUUUAAAGGGGAAGGAAGAGGUGUCUCUGGGAAAGCUCAGGGUCCCCAGUGAGCGGAGAGGACCGGAGCAGUCUCAGGGUCAGUGGCUCCUGAGGGCCUCCUUCAGACCACUCCCUGCUUCUGCCGAACACAGGGACGGUUCCUCGAAACGGCCCCGCCCCGUCAGGAGUUCUCACACGACACAUCAAAGGGCAAGAGCUGGUGUUUGUUUACGAGACGAGCUUCCUGUGCGAGAAACUGAAGCAGGAGGAAAGAGAGAAGAAGAAGGAAGCACAGGGACUAGCCUCCUGCUGGAACUCUGA